AAAAACAUUGAAUUCUACGUAAUUCGGUUCAGUGUUAUUCGAAGUUUACAAUCAAUCACUACGUUUCAUCCUGUGCACAGCACUGUGAAAAUGAAAAACUCCUGUGUUUUACUCCUCACCAUUUCGAUUGGAAUGUUCCUUUCACUCGGGAGUGCCUCACCAACAACGGGAAUCACAGCAGAGACUCAGCCGAUGCAGGCGCACCAUUUGCAACGACGGGCGGUAAUAUUUCGACCACUGUUCGUCUACCGUCAGCAGGAGCUUUCGAAACAGAAGAAACGUGAAGAAAGUCUGCAGGAUCGGUUGGACUACCAGCAGCAGCUAGCAGAACAUCAGCGGCUGAUGAAGGAGUAUGAAAAACAGCUACGAGAAUACGAGCAACGUCAGCAGCAGCAGAAGCAGCAUCACGGUCAUCAUCAUCAUUAAAUUAAUUUUGUUGUAGGACUUCAGUGACAGGCCAAAGGCGUGUCAUUUGGUUAAUAUUAGACAGAGAAUGAUUUUGAAAUUUAUCUCGUGAAACUCCAAAGUAAUCGGGCUUUCGUGAAAAAGAUCUUCUGUGUUUAAGUGAGUUUCUGUUUCACAGCUUCUAAAUACAAGGCAGAGGAAUUGUUUUUUUAUGUUUUCCAAAAAAAGUCUUGUGAUGUUUCCAAUGACAAGGGGGUUUCCAAUGACUGCAGAAAAGAUAUUUUCAAUUUUUGACAUCGAAAAAUUGAAUGAACUGAAAAUACAUAGAACGUGAAAAAUAAUUGACUGUGUUUUCCGGUCGAGUGCGUCUCCAAUUACAUCACCGCAGUUCACCAACAGAAAGUCGAAUAUAAAAUUUUGUUCCUGUUCAAUUUCGUAAAAAAAAAUUGAAUAUAUUUCUAUAGAUUACGCUUAU